AUGAAGACGACAGUUACUGAUGCUCGCACGGACGCAGAAUUUCUCUCGUUCAUCGAGUGGGUCUUAAAGCAUGUCAAAGGUAGAGGUAAACUAAGCAAGAGUGCACGAAAACGACGAAAAACAUGGAAAAAGCUGAAACUGACUAAAAAGGAGCAGUUUGUUUCGAGCAGCGACGAUACGGACUCGACCUCGUCGCCAACGAGCAACGACCAGCCGCCUUCGACCACCGAGCCACGUGUGGAUCACGUGCCUCUACCAAUCCCAUGUCUAGGUUCAACCAACCCUCUCUCGGGAGAACUGGUGGCACUCGACUGUGAAAUGGUGGGCACAUGCACCGGCUCUGCCCUCGCCCAGUGCAGUAUACUCUCCUAUAACGGAGAGAAGCUAUUCCACGCGUAUGUUCGGCCGUCAAGACCCAUAAUCCACUACAGGACAAAGUGGAGCGGUAUCCGGCCAUGGCACAUGAAGUGGGCGGUCCCCCACGACAAAGCCGUGGCAGAAAUCCGGAAAAUUCUCGAGGGGAAGAUUCUGAUUGGUCACGACUUGACGCACGACCUCACGGUAAUAGGAAUCACUUGGCCCAAAGAUCGCGUGAGAGAUACAGUGUUUUUCAAACCGCUAAGAACUUUGGCAGGGCUCGAAUUCAAUCAGAACCCUUCGCUCAAGAAGUUAUCACGUCGUCUGCUGGGCAGAGAGAUUCAAGCCGGUUGCCACAAUUCCUUGGAGGACGCCACAGCUGCGCUGGACUUGUACCGGAAGCACGAACGGCUGUGGGAGAGUAGUCUAGUUGAACAGAAAUGGGACAAGACAGUCUGGCUCCAGGACUGUUAUUGGCCACAUGAAAUAACAGCACAGUGA